UUCUUUUGGUCUGAUUAGUGCACCCAAACCUACGUCUCCAAACACCCACAUGUAAAUCACACUGUCACCGGAUCGUCCAACUUGAUUGAAAAUUUCUAGAUCUGUUCAGAGUUAAACACCGAAAUCCAUUUCUCCUUCAUCCGGAACGAACAACUGAAAUGAUGCCUCUUGAGUCUUGACUCUCUUCCUUCCCUGUUUCUUCGAUGUUUCAUCCACUACAAAGUUGGUUGUGCCGUUUUUCAGGAAGGUUGCUCCUUCAUAUUCUUUUAGUUUUUAGUAAAAUGUAAAAGCAGUGGAUUUUUGGGACCAAUAGGAGGGGUGGUUUAUCUAUGGAGUAAUUUUUAAGGGUGAUUGACAUUUUAGUUCAUAGUUGUUUGGCGAGGCCCCCUGCAUAGAAGACAUCAGUGACUCUGCCAUGUACUCCGCUGCUAACCCGCUCGGCAGCUGCAUUUUCUCCGGCGCCACCGUCGACAGUAAUAAGCGACUAUCCGGCAGCGGCCGCACUUCCUUCAGAUCUUCAACAAAGUCCCGGACCCGUCAUCGCUUUCCUCGAAUGACCGUCGAACGGCAAAACUCCAAUACUACUAGCCUUAUCUCCGGCAUCACCAAGUUCCUAUGGGGCAACUCCCUGCCGCCCCAGCUCCUUAUCUCCACCGUGCGUUCCACGUGGUCUACCUCUUGGCACAUCAUGAUGUCCCAGCUCGCACCGUCGGAUCAAACCGGCGAUUACACCCGACCCGCCUCCCAAUUCCGCAUCCACAUUCAAAAUUCACCGAGCGGAAACAUGCACCUUUAUGUCGGCCUAUCUUGUCCUUGGGCCCACAGAACCCUAAUUGUCCGAGCUUUGAAGGGUCUGGAAGAUGCUAUUCCCGUCUCAAUCGCGGGCCCCGGCGCCGACGGCUCCUGGUUGUUCCGGGGUGGUCCGGAUUCUGGUAGGGAUAAGCUUGUCCCGACUUUAGACAAAUCUAAUGGCCUUAGAACCCUCAAGGAGGUUUAUAGGUCCGGUGGCGCCUAUAAUUGCCGCUCAACCGUUCCUAUGCUAUGGGAUUCAGACAAAAAGCAGGUUAUUUGCAACGAGAGCUAUGAUAUUAUAGAGUUCUUCAAUUCUGGGUUAAAUGGGAUUGCCAGUAAUCCAGAAUUAGACCUUUGUCCACCAUUAUUGAGUGAUCAGAUCAGCCAAUGGAACCAGAUCAUAUACCCCAAUGUCAACAAUGGGGUUUAUAGGUGUGGAUUUGCGCAAAGUCAGGAAUCUUAUAAUAAAGCUGUUUCAGAGCUGUUUGUUACAUUAGACAAGAUUGAUGGUCAUUUGGAGAGUUCAAGGUAUCUGUGUGGUGAUGUGUUGACACUUGCAGAUGUGUGCUUGUUCACAACCUUGAUUAGGUUCGAUCUUGUGUACAAUGUGUUGUUCAAGUGUUCCAAAAAGAAGAUUAUAGAGUAUCACAAUCUGCAUGGAUACGUGCGAGACAUAUAUCAGAUUCCUAAGCUUGCAGAGACUUGCAAUAUGGAAGCUAUAAUGGAUGGUUACUACAAGACUCUGUUUCCCCUUAACCCCAGCAGCAUUCGGCCUGUAAUGCCAUCAGAUUUCCAGGAUGGUACUUUGUUGAAACCACAUAAUAGGAACAACUUGUCAAUGACGACACGGAAGCUUUACAGCUCCGUCUCCUGAAACCAGAAAUAUAAUGGAGCGCAUCAUGUUCUACUGUAAGCUUUAAAAUUUAAAUGCUUGUACAUUUCUUAUUUUUAUAAAGUAUCAGGCAAAGUAAUGCUAGAUGGUUGCCAUGGAUUACCUUAGAAUUUAGAAAUCAUCCUUGUGAAUACAUUUCUUAUUUUUAUAAAGUAUCAGGCAAAGUAUCCUUGUGAAUAAAGUAUUAGAAAAUUAUUACACACCUCAUAAUGAUGUAUAUUAUUCAUGUAAAGGUAUAGAUGUUAUUUCAUAUGCAUGGUGUAACCCUGAAAGGUCUUUGAG